AUCUCCAAGCCACUGAUGGAGAAGAAGCGACGGGCACGCAUCAAUGUAUCGCUGGAGCAGCUGAAGUCGUUGCUGGAAAAACACUACUCCCACCAGAUCCGGAAACGCAAGUUGGAGAAGGCGGAUAUACUGGAGCUGAGCGUCAAGUACAUGAAAAGCCUUCAGAACUCGGCUCAAGGGCUCUGGCGGGUCCCCAGCGGAGCCGAGUUCCCUUCUGGCUUCCGCAGCUGUCUGCCGGGAGUUAGCCAGCUUCUGGUGCGCGGAGAGGACGGCGGCGGCGGCCUGCGCUGCCCCCUGGCGCUUGAGCGCGCAGGUGGCAGCACCAUGGACAGCGCCAGCCCGAGCCCGGAGGCGCCCGCGCCGCUUGGCUCCUGCGUCCCUGCCAUUUGGGCCCCUGCUCCAGCCAUCGGCGCCUCGAGGUCCCAGCCACCCCGGCUCCUCUUCCCUGGAGGUCUCCCCGGCCCGUCCUCCAGCGUCCCGGGGCCGCAGCCGGCCCCUCGCCGCUGCGCCGAGAGCCCGGGGCCGGGUCUGGGGGUUUGGCGGCCCUGGUGAGUCCCGGCGCCGCCUCAGACUCAAGGGGGCCCCCUUCUGGCCCCGGGACGCAGAGACUGUUCAGAGCGCGCCUGCGUUGAUGGCCGGGACCCCAGUCUUCCGUCUUGGUCCCGUGGCAGGGGUGGCUGGGAGGGUGCCGCGUGCCCGCGAACGCGAGGAAAUACACGGAGCCUCGAGGGGGACCUGUGCCCCCCCCCCCCCCAGCCCCACCUACUCAAGCUGGACCCGCUCUCUCCUCGUCCCACCUUCUCGCGGGGCUGGGAGGGGAUGUCCCAGGCUGCUCCUCUUUCCCAGGGCCCCCGGCCGGCAGCCCGCCCCCGCCCCCGCCCCGCAGCCUCGCCGCUGUGGGAAGGUCGCCGUCGGCAGCGGCGCAGAGCGGACCCCUCGCAGCGAGGAGAAUCGCUGCCCCGCCCCGGCCCAUUCAGCCAGCCGAGGACGCCCGGUUCCCACCGGC